AUGGCACCACCACAAUCACCAGCAGCAAGCCAUUUCUCUCCAUCAACUUAUCUCAUGGCAUCCGUCAGAGACGUCCUCAUAUUCCACAAGCAAGAGAUUCGUCUCUUCGACAUGCUCAAAGCCCGAACACCGUCAUUCGCACAGAGGAUCCUAGCUUUGUGGUUAUGGCUCGAGCUACUUGGCAUCAACGUCGUGGCCUUUGUUUGCAACUGCAGAAACCGAGACGUUGUGCAUCGCUUGAUCGAUGAAGCACUGCAAAUCCUCGACCAACUACGCCAGAAUGCUCCUCUGCUGACCGAAGACAACGGCAAAAUUCCACUAACCGCUGCACUCGCGGUCGAGCCAUUCAACCUCCGGUUCUUCCACUACCACAGAGACCGCGCGGUCACAGGGAUCGCCCACAUCCUCGACGGAGUUGGUAAACUGAUAUUUGACGAGAACUUGCAUGCAUUGCUUGGUGCGUACGAGUCGGGCGCCCUUCCCGAGUUGCCGGAAGAGUUGGCCAGGCCGUAUCAUCACCUCCCGGCCGUGCCGGCCGCUCCUGCCGAUGCCCGGUCUUUGUUCCUCACCUUUUCGCCAGCCUUUCCUUUAAGCCGAGAAGAUAUCGUCGUCUACUUCACUAGGCGGUGGGGUCGUUGCGUAGAGAGUGUGACGCUGGAGAAUGAGCCCGGACUGAAGCCGAUGUACGGGCUGGUGGUGUUCACCAGCGAGUCGUUCGUUGGGUUGGUGGUCAGCGGCGAAAGGACGGUUCGUUUCAUGAUCAACGGGAAGCCUCUAUGGGCUCACGGUGCAUACGGUUGUUCACCAUCGGGUGCACCGCCGGCGGUGCACAAAGAAUUUCUCACAUGCGGUCGUCCUCUAACGUAUGUUACACCGCACGGCCCGCUGCCAACCGACCCGGCGAGAGCGCCAUUCGCUGAAUCGCUUCUCUCGUCGCCACCCUCGUUUAAAUUUUCAAAUCCCCUUCCUUUUAUCUUACCCUGCAAACUUUCCUCUUCUCAAACCCUAGCGGGCGCUCCCCCUUCCCAGAUCGCCGACGCCUUCCUCCGCCGCCAUGCAUCCGAUCAGUUCCGCGCCUUCUUCUCCAUCGCCCUCCCCGCCCUCCUCUGCUGCAUCUUUGGCUUCGACAACACCCCCCCCCUCUCCCCUCCUCCUCUUCCUACCCCUCCAUCUGGAUCCACCGACUCCGCCGACUCCGACCUUGCCGCCGCCCUCUUCGACCUCCUCUCUCCUUAGGGCAUUAUCAUUUCCUCCAUCUCCUCCGUUGAUCGCCAUGUCCUCGUCCAGUACGUCCUCCCACUCCCCUUCGAGCAUCUCCCUGAAUGGAUUCCUUUCGCCUUCCGAGGCGAUGAACCGUCCGCCGUCCUCUCCGAUCCAUGCCCUCUCUUCAAGAACAGGAUCCAAGAAGACAAGAUGCAGGAUUCGCACCAGCUCCAGCUCAAUGUCUUCGAUUAUUUCUGGUUCGCGUACUAUCCCAUUAAUCGAGGAAAUAGCGGGAAUUCAGAUCAUGCCAACAUUAAUCGGAAGAGUCGAAGGUUUAGGUUGGAGAAUUGGACUUCAUCUCUGCCGGUCCUCUCAAGCUUGAGUCGCCGGCAGGGGCAGAAGACGGAAUGUAGCUUGUACCUCCGGCUUCUUUAUGCUUACCUCCAAGCUUUGCCAAAGUGUGGUGCAGGCUCUUACUGGCCCUAUCGCAGUUCUCGUCUUCAUUACUCCUUGAGCUACGAUGGCUCUGCUUUUUUGCAAGUCGAGCUCUUGGUGCACACAUUUGUACACUUUUUGAUGGUCAAUAACAAUUUCUCGCCUUUGCCUGCCCUUGUUGAGCUUAUGGGUGUGACUCCUCCUACUGCUGGAUUAGAAGAAGUGUUGAAGUUGUUCAUGAAUUAUCUGAAUUGUAGCUUGUCUGCUCCCAAAACUGAAGGGAAUGACCAGUUGAUGUAUGGUGAAAGUCCUGCAAAAGAAGGCUCUGCAGAUCUUGUUAGGUCAAAGGCUGUGAUGGUUCCUGGUGAUAAUUGUGGUGGUUCUUGGAACGCAGUGACACAGAGGCCUUUGUAUACGUUUAUGUAGAGGACUUUUCUGUUUUGCCAAGUUGGAGCUUCUUUCAAUAAUGCUGCUUAGGUGUUCUCUUUGUGGGUGACCUAUAUGGAGCCAUGUAAGAUUAGUCCAGAAGAUUUUGUUGAGUUUGACAUGCAGAGAGCUGCGAAUCUAGAAAGCUCCAGAAAGGAGAGCCUUGGGAAAACUAAGGAAGAUAAAGAGCAGAGUCGAGUCCAUUCUUUAUACUCGCCUGCCUGUCAAAGCUUUGUGCUGUCCAAUUAUCUGUCCUACAGUGCAUUAGUUGUGCAUUUUCUUCGGUUUGCACACAAGUUUCUCCAUGAAAAUGUGGAGUCUGUUAUUCAGAUGGUUUCACAGUCAAGAAUGCCUUUACAGCCAGAGCUUCUACUUGAAGAUGUUAGUCAGGACCAUGCACACAAAAUGGUGACAAUUGAGGAUCAUCCUCAUUUGCCUGGGAAGCAUGCAUCUGUUCAUCCAUGUCGAUAUGGUGCUGUGAUGAAAAAGAUCAUUGAUGUUCUAAUGUCACGUGGUGUUGAACCAGAAGUUGACAAGUACCUAUUCUUACCUAUUCUUAUUCUUGAAAUUUAUGGCUUCGGUGAUUCCCACCAUUGAAUAUGACUACACUAUGGACUUCGAUCUCGGUAGUUCUAGUCACUGAUAAGAGGUGACAGGUAGGGUUGAGAAGGCGCUUGGAGUGGUCAUGCAUGUGAAUUUGCAGCGUGUAUCUCCGUAGCCAGCGUACAUACCAUGAGUUUUCAUGCAUGUCUGGAUUAUCAGUAACAGGAUGGCAGCUUGUUCAUACUCUUAUAUGGAAAUGAAACAGUUUGACCGUUAUUUACUACUAAAAUAAAUUAAACAAGAGGGGGAAAAAAAAGAGAGCAUUGGUCCUAUAUCUAGAAAGCAUCUUAUACUUUUCUCAUUAAUAGUAAAUUGUCUACUUCUAUUACUGUUAAGGGCGCAGGUCUUUUGCGAUACCUAAAAAUUAUCGUAGGAUGCUGUGCAUGGUUGGACAUCAUCCAUUUUAAGAUGGAUGAUUGUACACGUUUAUGCGUGCGCAUUAAAAAAAAUUAAAAAGGAAGGAAUAUAUAAACUCCAGAGUUAUUUGGAUAGCUGUCCAUUUUAUAAUGGACGGCAUCUAACCAUACACAACAAUCUGCAAUAUUUUUUAAAUACCGUGGAGAAUUUCGUUCCUAUUGGAUAACUGUGGCAUCAAGCAGGAGUUCCGUCAUCUUCUUAUUUGUUCAUUUUAGUUUAUUAGGUUCGUCCUUCUUCCUUUAAUGUGAAAAUGCAGGGGAAGUGUGUCACUGGUUUACAUUUUAAGUAAUCAGGAGCAUAUAUCAUUUAUUCUAUGCUGACGACGUUCUUGUUUUGACCAGAGCCUCACAAGCUGACUAUGAUGCAGGUAACCGAGUAUUUUAAUAAUUACCAGGUAGUAUCUAAUCUGAAGGUUCAUAGGGGUAACUCUUAUGUUAAUUUUACCAACAGCUUUUUCAGCAUAGACUCAAGCGCAUUGUUAUUGCUACCGUAGAUUUGCCCCUUGGUGACAGACCUUUUACCAUUGAUCUCAUCUUGCGGGUGCAGAGUAAAUUAGCAGGUUAGCGCCAAGAGCAUGUCACAGGCCGGUGUAACAACUUUUGUUUCAGACAGUGCUUAACUCCAUUCCCAGUUAGCUGCCUUGUGGGUCCCGGAUGGUAUAUUUUAUGCUGUUUUAAAGAUUAUUCGGAAGUUUAUUUGGGAUAAGGCACCCAACAAUGCGGGGAGGCAUUAUGUUGGUCUUCAAUGUCUGAUGUUUGCCUAAACCGAAGAUGGGCGAUGCACGUUGCGAUGGCUGAGCAUGUCAAGGGAAAGCUUCCCCGGGUCAAGUUUGUGCAUAGGAGAAAUGGCACGUUAGAAAUGAGGAACGUCAGUCCCCUAGUCAUGUGUCUUGGGCAUGGCUAGCUGUUCUCCGUUCGUCCAGGUCCAUUUAAGAGGGGUUGUAGCGCGUUAUCGCAAUUGGUGUCUCCUUCGUCCGCUGGUUAUGUUUGUUGGGCAUGGCGAGCUGUGCUCCAUUCGCGCAGAUGGGUUGUAGAAUUGCUGUCUUCUUUUACUGCUGAUCCAUGGUCGCUGGACCGUUCUUUAUCUGAAAUCUACCUUUGUGAAUAUUUUAGAUGAUGCGAAUAUUUUGUACAUCUUGGAUAGUGUAAAAAAUUCAACGUGAAGCACAUUACUAUACAUAA